ACAUGGCAGCCUGCUGGCUCGAUGUGGGUACCCGUCGGCUCUGACCAUCAGGGUCGUUAACUUCAUGAUGAACACGCGGGGAGACUGCACGAGGCCAGUAGGUCGAUAACGUAAGUAUCGUGAAGAUGAUGACGCUGUGUUUUCGGAGGAUUUCUGCACCGCUGUGCUGCAACACAACAAACGUUCGCUGUCUGGUGUCCGCGCGGAGUGCGCCCGUAUGCCUACUGGAGCCCGCAUCAUGGCGGCUCAGAUACACACCUGUCACUGAGUUCGCUAGGUUGAAACGACCUCAGGUGAGCGGCUCGUGCCUCGCGAGACUCAAAUGGACGGACAGCCGUGUCGCUUGUUGGAGUGGGGUUCUCCAGCAGGGAAAGCAGACUCCAUGGCACGUGCAAGGACCUAUACCCAUGACCCAGGGAGGUCACGAGCGGUGUGCGGCCAGUUUCCGGUCUCUGCUGUCCCCGACAGCUCGAGGACUUUGCAGUGGAAAGACCGACGAGAAGCCGGACAGUUCCACUGGAGAGGAGAGGGGUGAAGCCGGCGCGGUACCAGGACACGGACUGUUCAAGUUCAAAGAGCUGUAUGAGAAUCCAUGGACAAUCCCCAACCUGUUAUGUGUGUGUCGGAUUUUGCUGGCUCCAUUCUUGGGUCAUCUGAUCAUCCAGCAGAAAUUUCACCUCAGUUUGGCUCUCUUUACGCUGGCCGGAGCUACUGACCUGUUGGAUGGUUACAUUGCCAGAACGUGGCCCACUCAAAAGUCGGCACUGGGCAGUGCUCUCGACCCACUGGCUGACAAGAUUCUCAUCAGUAUUUUAUAUGUCAGUCUCACCUAUGCUGAACUUAUACCAGCUCCACUGACAGCUCUAGUGAUUUUCAGAGACAUUGGUUUGAUAGCUGCUGUCUUCUGGGUCAGAUACAAGACUGUACCUCCACCGGUGACCCUCACCAAGUUUUUUAACCCCUGCUAUACUACUGCCCAGCUCAAGCCCACACUCAUCAGCAAGAUUAACACGGCCAUUCAGUUCUGUCUGGUUGCAGCUUCUUUGGCUGCUCCGGUCUUCCAGUAUACAGACAGCAUCCUGCUGCAGUGCUUAUGGUAUAUUACAGCAGUGACUACAGCUGCAUCAGGUUAUAGCUACUGGCACUACGGCCGUAAGACUGUUCAAGUGUUGAACACCAGAUCACCGUCAUAAACGCACCGAAAGCAGAUCAAAAGCAGCCGCCCCAGAGACGCUGAGCCCCAGUAAAAGGACGGACAGACAAGCAGACAGAUGGACGAUCGCCAGGAGCUCUGAGACCAAGUGGAUGUGACAACCAUACACGUGUCGCCAUGGAAAUGACACAUGGAAACCAACCGAGGCCGCAGAUGGUUUACUGCAACACUACAGAAACGCCUAACAGCAGUUGAGCCAGCAGACAGCAUUUAGAAACAGGAUAAAAACAGCAAACGCAAAUAUAGACCGUCCACCCACAACACGAAACACACACGUCAACUGUUAUCUGGCAAGAGCGUCUGUUUAUUUUUUUCUUAGGUUUUCAAUCAAGGGGUUGCAAUGUGAACCUAAUUAUUGUCACAUGAUUGUCAUUUUUACACAACGGUGAUUUAUGAUUAAAAAGGAAAUCUGUUUUCGUCUUUGUCCAGGAGAGUCUUUCGGAUGCAGUGGAUUUUUUUUUUUUGUUCUCGGGAGGAGGGUUAAUCUUAUGGGACACACAUCUGACAGCUGAUCUAUUUAAAACCAAGAAUCGGAGGAUUAAAAUUUGGGUGCGCGGUGAAAUGACAUCCUAGCUGGGCUCCACGGGCCCAGCAGAUUCUCUGUCCUGAUUCAUUUAGUGCUGCUUUGGCCUUGACAAAUGUAAGCUCAAUGCCGAGCUGCAGAUUAGUAUCCUUAUUAAGGAAUGUGGAGUCAAUGAUCCUAUUAUUACUUGAAUAAUUAAUAAAAAGCAUCAUCUUUUAAAUUGCUUUUAUUAAUCCAAACCUUCAAAUUAUCAGCUGUUGUGAGAACAAAAGACCUCAACUUUGGGAAAGGUGAGGAUCCCAUUUUAUUACUUUCCUGAUGUAUUGUAGACACAAAAAUAAAUAAUUCUGGUUGGUU